CGAGUGUGAGCUAGCUGCCUGUUUCCAUAGAGACAGUGGUCGAGCCAAGCUGCAGCAGAGGUUCGAAAUGUUUACAAACUAUUCAACUAGCUAACUUUAGCUAGCUAUAAUGACUAAAUACGCUGUACCAUAUGUAGCUAAUAAGUCUUACACCGUUUAUUACAAUGUGAUACAUUUGCAAUGGUUUGGGGAAAUGUUGAACGAAGUUAGGUCAUGCAAAGGACUUUAUCUCAUUUCCUUCGUAGCUAGCAAGCUAACGUUAGCUACCGUCGUUAGCAAACUAUGUUAGCGCCCUAAUUGCAGAAAUGUCAACAAACACCAUCAACUAGCUACAUAGCAAUACAAUGCGUGUACGGGUUUUUAAUACAAUUACAUCGCUUGUCUAAAUAGCUAGUUAUCGCAUUGAAGAAGCGCGGUAGUAGCUAGCUAGAUAACACAGUUGGCAAAUCUGAAUUCUGCAGAUAACGUUACAGUAUUUCUGCAGAGACGAGUGAAUCCACAUCAAGACCAUGUCUCAGUUCUCAGCUGAGGCUGAGGCGGAACUUCAGUCUCUGUUGAGGCAACUUCUAAAAAGCAUCAAAGACAGAAUCUCUGGUGCACCAUCCAUUGAAUGUGCAGAGGAAAUCUUGCUUCAUCUGGAGGAGACAGACAAGAACUUCCAUAAUUAUGAAUUUGUUAAGUACCUGCGGCAGUAUGUGGAAAGCUCUCUGGGAGCAGUCAUCGAGGAGGAGACAGAGAGCUGUGCCCGAGGAGAGGGAUAUGCUGUUGGGUCUGUUCAGGACACCUUGGUCCAUGCUGUUACAAGGAAGACUAGAGAAUCUGGAGAAUACAAGCAAAUGAUGCAGACAUUGAAGAACACGAUGAUGGUAGUCGUUGAAUCCUUGAUUAAUAAAUUUGAAGAGGACCAACUGAGAAAGGAAGAGAUGCACAGGGAGAGCCAACAUCAGCAGUCAAACAGCCAUUACACAGACAACUGCUCUGACAGUGAUUCAUCCUUCAAUCAGAGUUAUGCAUUUAUCAAACAAGAACAGCUGCAAGUUCUAGCUGAAAAGCUUGACCCUAGUAGGCCUAAAGAGGUGCGCUGGGAGGCCCUGCAGGCUCUGUGCUGUGCCCCGCCCUCGGAUGUGCUAAGCUGUGAGAGUUGGAGUGGCCUGCGCAGGAACCUCUCUGCUGCCUUGGCUGACCCAGACCCUGACCUCAGUGAUAAGGUCCUGCGCUUUUUUGCAAAAACAUUCUCCUGUUCGCCACUGAAUGUAACAAGGGAGAUCUACACCAGUUUAGCCAAAAGUUUGGAGUCUGACUUCCUGUACCAUAAAUUCAGCCUCCCUACUGGAUCAGCGGGGAUUGAUGUAAACAGACAGGACAUUACCCGUCUCCUAAAACAAAUGCGAUUAAUGAAUGAUUUUCAGAAGGAAGUAACAACCUUUUGGAUUCGGCACCCAGAGAAGUACAUGGAGGAGAUAAUAGAGAGUACUUUCUCCCUCCUGUCCAUAAACCCUGAACACGGGUUAGAGACACAAGGGUCAGAGAAAGCCUUGAAGCCCAUGCACCUCAUUGCCUUACUGGAUAUCAAAGCCACCUGGUUUAAGAAGUGGAUGCAUGGUUACUACAGCAGGACCGUGGUCUUUAGGCUCCUGGAGAGGAAGUACAAGUCUCUGAUUGUGGCAGCUCUUCAGCAGUGCAUUCAUUAUUAUGACUCCUGUGACCCAGUCAGAGAUGAGACGGCUGAGGUCAUCCACUCUAUGGAGCACCAGCACAUCGGCACUGCUCAAAGGACUCUCUACACUACCAGGGAGCUGGAAUAUAUGUAUUUCGUUCACUCAUUAUGUGUGCUUGGAAGGCUUCUCAUGUACACUAAUGGGAGAAAGCUCUUUCCCGUCACAGUGUGGAAACGCAAAGAUCCAGUCAGUCUGACAGACUUGGUUGUCAUUCUGAUUAGCAUCAUGUACCAACACCCCAAGCCUCCUCACAGUGACUCAUCACAUGCAGACACUCUCUCUCCCACCACUCUUGUAAUGGAGUUGCUGAGGACCCUGGGUGACCGCACAGAGUGUGCAGUAGAGUGCCUUUACCAAACCCCUGUCAUAGAGACACUGCUAGCACCCAUCAUCACCCUGCUCAAAGGAAAACAGGCUAAAUUAAACUCCCCAGAAACUACAUUGAUUCAUAUAGCAGACACUCUCGCAAGAAUUGCCACCACUGAGCGAGGAUUAUCACUUUUCUUAUAUGAAAGAAAUCUAGUUUCUGGUGAGGGGGAAGGUAUUUCAGCUGCCCAUGUAAUCGUUCAGUUCACCCAGAGGCUCCUGGCUAAAGAGCUGCCAUUGUUACGGAAUGCAGAGACAUCCUAUGGCGUGAGCGGGGCCUUCAUCUUUGUGUGUCGGCAGAUGUACAACACAUGUGAAGGACUGCAGGUGCUCAGGCCCUAUGGCCUGCAUGAGUGCAUCGCUGCAGCUUGGAAAAAGACAAGCUCCCUGUCAGAAAGAGUUCCCACCCCGGUUCCCGGAGCCAUCCCCGGCACAUCCUCUCAGGAGCUGCAGAAUGUAGUGGUUUGGGAGGAGACUUUGCUGGACAACCUGUUGAACUUCGCUGCCACACCGAAAGGCCUGCUGCUCCUCCAGCAGACUGGAGCCAUCAAUGAGUGUGUCACCUACAUGUUCUCCAGGUUUACCAAGAAACUACAGGUCAGCCGAUGUGAGAAGUUUGGCUACGGUGUGAUGGUAACACAGGUAGCAGCAACAGCCCCCGGUGUGGUGGCUUUACACAGUUCUGGUUUUGUGCAGGCCUUAGUGGUGGAGAUAUGGUCGGUCCUGGAGUGUGGGAGAGAGGAUGUGAGGGUCGUUCACCCCAAGUCCACCCCCAUGGACCCCAUUGACAGGAGCUGUCUGAAGUCGUUCCUGUCCUUGGUCAACCUGUUGUCCUCCCCCCAUGCUGUGUGGGAGCUCCUGGGACAGCAGCCUCUGCCCAACAAGGCUGAGUACAACCUAAGGGAGAUGCCCACAUCCAUUACAGAUUUGAUUGAUAGGCUGAUUGCUGUGAACUCAGAUGUGAAAAUUCAUUCACUGUUCAACUACGAGCAAUCUCACACGUUUGGCCUGAGAUUACUUAGUGUGAUGUGCUGCAACCUAGACUCCCUCCUUAUUCUGGAGUCACAGUACAACAUUUCCGACAUGUUGCUGCAAUGUCAGAAGGACAACAUCACCGAUCCAUCGUCCGGUGAAGGAGAUUUCAUCAUUGAUGGUCUAUCUGUGGAGAGGAACCACAUCCUGGUGCGUAUGAGUGUGAUUGGAGGACCAUCGGAGAGGAGACUUCCCCUUAGGGUCCUCCAGAAGGGCACUGACCCUUAUCCAUGGCCGAUGUUUUCAUCAUACCCUCUGCCCAAGUAUUACAUACUGAAUCUUCCAAAGACAACCCGGUGUAAACAGGACUGUGAGAUAAGUGCCUUCCUGUCCUCCACCAAGAACACGGAGAGGGAUGGGAGCUGGAUGGAUACCUGUAGGAGACAGUACUGCAAAGUCAUGACCACCAAGUCCAACAUUGUCUCAGGGAACGUCCUGGCUGAUCUACUGGAGAAGGCUGUGUCGUACCUUUCUGCUUUGCCAUCAGAACGUUUCUUCCCACCUGCGGACUACAUAGCGUCAGGGAGCGGCAUAAAGACUGGCAGCCUGUCGUCUGUGGACCAGCUGGGGAUUCGGGCCUCUCUCAGGUAUGGGAGACAUCUGAACUUACUGAGGGAUAACUCUGAGCAGGACCUCUGUCUUUUGAUGAAGCAUUGCCAAGAGCUCCUAUCUCAACAGAGAGCCAAACUCACGUCGGAGCUUUACACUCUGCAGGGAGCCUACCCCGGUCAUGACUGGUUCGCCUCCACCGUGUUCCUCAUCAUGGCUGGAGACAUGGAGAGAGCACUCCGCCUCCUCCUCCACCUCUCCACCCUGCUCACAUCAGCCUUCCUCUGGCCCGCCAGGCUCCAUGGAUCGGUUCACCUGCCCAUGGAGAUUGCUCAGUCUAGCAUCCAUCCGGUCUACUCAUGCACAGCACACUAUGUCGAGAUGCUGCUGAAGACUGAAGUGCCUCUAGUUUUCUCUGCCUUCAGGAUGUCCGGUUUUACCCCCUCCCAGGAAAUCCCGCACAGAACGAGCAGUAUGGCUGGUGGCAUUGUCAUGCUGGAGGGUCAUGUCAGGAUGAGCCUGCAGGAAGAGUACCACAUGAUGGAGGAGGAUGUCUUCCCUGUAACCCACAGUGUUGAGAUUGCCUGCAAUGACAACAAGCUCAGUCCGAUGAUGCUGUGACACACCGCCCCAGACCAUGACGGACCCUCCAGCGCUGUCUUAGGCGUCUCCCAGUACGGACAUCUGCACUCCUCAUGCCUCCUUGCAGCAUGCCUAAGGCACGUUCACACAGAUGAGCAGGGACCCUGGGCAUCUUUCUUUUGGUGUUUUUCAGAGUCAGUAGAAAGGCCUCUUUAGUGUCCCAAGUUUCCAUAACUGUGACCUUAAUUGCCUACCGUCUGUAAACUGUUAGUGUCUUAAAGACAGUUUCACAGGUACAUGUUCAUUAAUGGUUUAUGGUUCAUUGAACAAGCAUGGGAAACAGUGUUUAAACCCUUUACAAUGAAGACCUGUGAAGUUAUUUGAAUUUUUAGAAAUUAUCUUUGAAAGACAGGGUCCUGAAAAAGGGAGGUUUCUUUUUUAAAACUUUUUUUUACCUCUUGUCCUCUGUGUGCUUCAGUAUCCUAGGUAGAGUGUUAAGUCAGUUUAUUAUGGUCAGUCAGACUGUCCAGUUAUUUUUCAUGUAAACCCAGUUAUUAAAGCACAUGGUAGACUUACAACCACUCUGCAUGCUCCACAAAGCUAUUGCCUCAAAGCCUUAAUACUCUUUUCAUUAGAUUUUUAAAAAAGCACAACCCUUUAUUUUCAUCACUUCAAC